AUGUCUCCGCCUAUCAUAUCAGCAUCCAUCAACACACCCACACAAUCACGGCAGCAUCAGCAGGACCGCUUCAGCCCCGGUGCUUCGCGGCCAAACACCAUGUCGCGCGCCCUGGAUCUCGAGACCACCAUCGAGGAGUGGGUCAAUGUCCUCACAUCUCCUCUCUCCACCCCCUCAGAGCGCAUCAGCAUCCUCAACGACAUCGAAAAGACGCUCGUCACAGUCACUGAUCCAAGCAGGAGCGCAACGGCAUGUUUCUUGCCACCGGUCGAUCAGUCGACGGCCAUGUUUUGGGCAUUGCAAGCGACUGCCGGGUACAGUCUGGCAGAAGUGCUGCUGGCAUACGUCUACAGGCUGCAUCUCGAUCUCGAGCGGGAGAACGAGCUCUGCACUGCGUCGCAGGCCUCGUCGACGCCGACGGGAAGCUCGCACACCGUCUCUGACGUCCAACGUCAGCGUGUCCACCUCACCGUUACGGAACUCUGCAUGUCCAUCACCAUCCUUCAAGGUCUCACGCUCUGCAGCAAGAUCAGCAAAGGCAUCACCCAACGCAAGUCGUCCCUCGAGCUUCUUCUGGCCAUCACGCUUUCCGACUACUGCACGCAGCUCCUCCCGCCCAUCCUCUCCCCCUCUUCACCCACCUCGUCCAGCUUCACUGCUCUUCCAGACUCGCCGCCGACCCCGACCGCCCCUUCUUCCUCCAAAGACCACCCGAGCGAGUCACCACUCAGCCUACCAUCCGGAUUCGCACUCGACCUGCUCAUGUGCAUCCUCGUCGACAGCCCGCUUGCCCAAGACCGUUUCGCAGACAUGGGCGGCAUUCAUCAGAUCGUUCAACUCUCCCACAAGCCGUAG